AUGUAAUUUAAUUUAAAUUUAAAUAAACAUGUCAACAGACAACUCAGAAUUAUUGAAUAAGUUUCUGACCGAAUUUAAUCAAUUAAAGAAAUAAAACUAAGAAUCUAAACAUAUCAAUCACUUACUAAAGAAAACUAAUUGUUGGUUUAAGAAUUAAAUAAAAUCAAAAAAGAAAAUCAAAGAUUGAUAGACAAUAAUUCAUUUCUUACUGAUUAACUUAAUUAAUUAAAAGAAUUGUAUUAAGAAACUAAGCAAGAAUUAUAAGAAUCAUUUAAUUUCAUCUAAACAAUUAAUAAAACUAUCAAAACCGGUACAUUUGAACACGAUGAUAAUGAUAUAAAUAAAUUAAUGGAAAUUUUUUCUGUAAAUUCUAUGGAAUAAUUAUUAAUUACUGCUGAAAAAGUUAAAACUGUCAUGUUAGGGGUUGCUCAUUUGGAAUAAUUUUGUAAACAAAUUUGUGAAUUAAUAUAUGACUAAAAUGAAGAAUAAUAUAAUUUAGAAUAAGUAUUUCCAAUAAUUCAAAAAUGGAAAUUUGAUUCUAAAUAUGUUGAUUGUUUCUUGAUCUUUAAAAAUUAAUUAGAAUAAACUCUUUAAUUAAAAUAAUCUACUGAUUCAUAGAUAUAUGAUGCAAUUAAAUCCUUAUAAAAUACAUCAAAUAAUGACAUUCAAACUAUAAAAUAAUUAUUUAAAAUAGAUUCAAGUGAAAAUUUAAUGUUUAAAAUGAGUUAAACCUUUAUAUUAUUAUAGGAUAUCUGA